AGGCGGAACUUUUAACAAUGUUCACAUUAACGGCGCUACAUGUAACAGCACUGGACAACAACUCGGACCUCUCACAUCACUGAAACCGUGAAGUUUAAGGAGUUCAAAGUGACAAUUAUCGUUAUGAGGACACGAUUUGAACAUCGCUGAUCUGGACAUCUAAAAUGGGAUUUCUUUCGUAUAUAACGGCAUGUAAAGGCACGGCGCUUCUGUUUUGUGUCAUUCUUCAGGGACUGAAUGCAGAGAACUCAGCAACCAAUGAAACAGCCACAUCUUCAAAUGACCGUCAAACAUCAACUUCUACAAUAUCUGAAAUCACAACAUCAUCUGUGUUUCUGCAAUGGCAAGAACCUUCUGGAAGCGGAUCUUUCUUUAAAGUUCAAUGGAUUGGUGAUAAAACAGGCGAAGUUGAAACCCAAAACACAUUCUAUAACAUCACUGAACUAACUCCUGGUGUCAAAUAUAAGUUUAUCAUCACAGCUGUUGCAGGAGAUAACUCAACAGAAGAAGAUCCAGUUGUUAUCUCAAAAUGUACCAAGCCAGAUGUGAUCAUGGAUCUCACAGUAUCUGAAAUCACAUCAUCAUCUGCGUUACUGGAAUGGAAUAAACCUUUUGGAUACAGAUCUUUCUUUAAAGUUCAAUGGAAUGGUGAUACAACAGGGGAAGAUGAAACCAAUAACACAUCCUAUAACGUCAUUGGACUCACUCCUGGAGUCAACUACACGUUUAUCAUCACAGCUGUUGCAGAAUGUAACCUGACAAAAGGAGAACCAGUUGUUAUCUCAAACUGUACCAAGCCAGAUGUGAUCAAGGAUCUCACAGUAUCUGAAAUCACAACAUCGUCUGUGUUACUGGAAUGGAAUAAACCUUUUGGAUACAGAUCUUUCUUUAAAGUUCAAUGGAUUGGUGAUAAAACAGGGGAAGAUGAAACCAAUAACACAUCCUAUAACGUCAUUGGACUAACUCCUGGUGUCAACUACACGUUUAUCAUCACAGCUGUUGCAGAAUGUAACCUGACAAAAGGAGAUCCAGUUGUUAUCUCAAACUGUACCAAGCCAGAUGUGAUCAAGGAUCUCACAGUAUCUGAAAUCACAACAUCAUCUGUGUUACUGGAAUGGAAUAAACCUUUUGGAUACAGAUCUUUCUUUAAAGUUCAAUGGAUUGGUGAUGAAACAGGGGAAGAUGAAACCAAUAACACAUCCUAUUACGUCAUUGGACUAACUCCUGGAGUCAACUACACGUUUAUCAUCACAGCUGUUGCAGAAUGUAACCUGACAAAAGGAGAACCAGUUGUUAUCUCAAACUGUACCAAGCCAGAUGUGAUCAAGGAUCUCACAGUAUCUGAAAUCACAACAUCGUCUGUGUUACUGGAAUGGAAUAAACCUUUUGGAUACAGAUCUUUCUUUAAAGUUCAAUGGAUUAGUGAUACAACAGGGGAAGAUGAAACCAAUAACACAUCCUAUAACGUCAUUGGACUAACUCCUGGUGUCAACUACACGUUUAUCAUCACAGCUGUUGCAGAAUGUAACCUGACAAAAGGAGAUCCAGUUGUUAUCUCAAACUGUACCAAGCCAGAUGUGAUCAAGGAUCUCACAGUAUCUGAAAUCACAACAUCAUCUGUGUUACUGGAAUGGAAUAAACCUUUUGGAUACAGAUCUUUCUUUAAAGUUCAAUGGAUUGGUGAUGAAACAGGGGAAGAUGAAACCAAUAACACAUCCUAUAACGUCAUUGGACUCACUCCUGGAGUCAACUACACGUUUAUCAUCACAGCUGUUGCAGAAUGUAACCUGACAAAAGGAGAACCAGUUGUUAUCUCAAACUGUACCAAGCCAGAUGUGAUCAAGGAUCUCACAGUAUCUGAAAUCACAACAUCGUCUGUGUUACUGGAAUGGAAUAAACCUUUUGGAUACAGAUCUUUCUUUAAAGUUCAAUGGAUUGGUGAUACAACAGGGGAAGAUGAAACCAAUAACACAUCCUAUAACGUCAUUGGACUAACUCCUGGUGUCAACUACACGUUUAUCAUCACAGCUGUUGCAGAAUGUAACCUGACAAAAGGAGAUCCAGUUGUUAUCUCAAACUGUACCAAGCCAGAUGUGAUCAAGGAUCUCACAGUAUCUGAAAUCACAACAUCAUCUGUGUUACUGGAAUGGAAUAAACCUUUUGGAUACAGAUCUUUCUUUAAAGUUCAAUGGAUUGGUGAUGAAACAGGGGAAGAUGAAACCACUAACACAUCCUAUUACGUCAUUGGACUAACUCCUGGUGUCAACUACAUGUUUAUCAUCACAGCUGUUGCAGAAUGUAACCUGACUAAAGGAGAUCCAGUUUUUAUCUCAAACUGUACCAAGCCAGAUGUGAUCAUGGAUCUCACAGUAUCUGAAAUCACAUCAUCAUCUGUGUUCCUGGAAUGGAAUAAACCUUUUGGAUACAGAUCUUUCUUUAAAGUUCAAUGGAUUGGUGAUACAACAGUGGAAGAUGAAACCAAUAACACAUCCUAUAACGUCAUUGGACUAACUCCUGGUGUCAACUACACGUUUAUCAUCACAGCUGUUGCAGAAUGUAACCUGACAAAAGGAGAUCCAGUUGUUAUCUCAAACUGUACCAAGCCAGAUGUGAUCAAGGAUCUCACAGUAUCUGAAAUCACAACAUCAUCUGUGUUACUGGAAUGGAUUAAACCUUUAGGAUACAGAUCUUUCUUUAAAGUUCAAUGGAUUGGUGAUAAAACAGGGGAAGAUGAAACCAAUAACACAUCCUAUAAUGUCAUUGGACUAACUCCUGGAGUCAACUACACUUUUAUCAUCACAGCUGUUGCAGAAUGUAACCUGACAAAAGGAGAUCCAGUUGUUAUCUCAAACUGUACCAAGCCAGAUGUGAUCAAGGAUCUCACAGUAUCUGAAAUCACAACAUCAUCUGCAUUACUGGAAUGGAAUAAACCUUUUGGAUACAGAUCUUUCUUUAAAGUUCAAUGGAUUGGUGAUAAAACAGGGGAAGAUGAAACCAAUAACACAUCCUAUAACGUCAUUGGACUAACUCCUGGUGUCAACUACACGUUUAUCAUCACAGCUGUUGCAGAAUGUAACCUGACAAAAGGAGAUCCAGUUGUUAUCUCAAACUGUACCAAGCCAGAUGUGAUCAAGGAUCUCACAGUAUCUGAAAUCACAACAUCGUCUGUGUUACUGGAAUGGAAUAAACCUUUUGGAUACAGAUCUUUCUUUAAAGUUCAAUGGAUUGGUGAUACAACAGGGGAAGAUGAAACCAAUAACACAUCCUAUAACGUCACUGGACUAACUCCUGGUGUCAACUACACGUUUAUCAUCACAGCUGUUGCAGAAUGUAACCUGACAAAAGGAGAUCCAGUUGUUAUCUCAAACUGUACCAAGCCAGAUGUGAUCAAGGAUCUCACAGUAUCUGAAAUCACAACAUCGUCUGUGUUACUGGAAUGGAAUAAACCUUUUGGAUACAGAUCUUUCUUUAAAGUUCAAUGGAUUGGUGAUAAAACAGGGGAAGAUGAAACCAAUAACACAUCCUAUAACGUCAUUGGACUAACUCCAGGAGUCAACUACACUUUUAUCAUCACAGCUGUUGCAGAAUGUAACCUGACAAAAGGAGAUCCAGUUGUUAUCUCAAACUGUACCAAGCCAGAUGUGAUCAAUGAUCUCACAGUAUCUGAAAUCACAACAUCAUCUGUGUUACUGGAAUGGAAUAAACCUUUUGGAUACAGAUCUUUCUUUAAAGUUCAAUGGAUUGGUGAUAAAACAGGGGAAGAUGAAACCAAUAACACAUCCUAUAAUGUCAUUGGACUAACUCCUGGAGUCAACUACACGUUUAUCAUCACAGCUGUUGCAGAAUGUAACCUGACAAAAGGAGAUCCAGUUGUUAUCUCAAACUGUACCAAGCCAGAUGUGAUCAUGGAUCUCACAGUAUCUGAAAUCACAACAUCAUCUGUGUUACUGGAAUGGAAUAAACCUGUUGGAUACAGAUCUUUCUUUAAAGUUCAAUGGAUUGGUGAUACAACAGGGGAAGAUGAAACCAAUAACACAUCCUAUAACGUCAUUGGACUAACUCCUGGUGUCAACUACACGUUUAUCAUCACAGCUGUUGCAGAAUGUAACCUGACAAAAGGAGAUCCAGUUGUUAUCUCAAACUGUACCAAGCCAGAUGUGAUCAAGGAUCUCACAGUAUCUGAAAUCACAACAUCAUCUGUGUUUCUGGAAUGGAAUAAACCUUUUGGAUACAGAUCUUUCUUUAAAGUUCAAUGGAUUGGUGAUAAAACAGGGGAAGAUGAAACCAAUAACACAUCCUAUAACGUCAUUGGACUAACUCCUGGAUUCAACUACAAGUUUAUCAUCACAGCUGUUGCAGAAUGUAACCUGACAAAAGGAGAUCCAGUUGUUUUCUCAAACUGUACCAAGCCAGAUGUGAUCAAGGAUCUCACAGUAUCUGAAAUCACAUCAUCAUCUGUGUUACUGGAAUGGAAUAAACCUUUUGGAUACAGAUCUUUCUUUAAAGUUCAAUGGAUUGGUGAUAAAACAGGGGAAGAUGAAACCAAUAACACAUCCUAUUACGUCAUUGGACUAACUCCAGGAGUCAACUACACGUUUAUCAUCACAGCUGUUGCAGAAUGUAACCUGACAAAAGGAGAUCCAGUUUUUAUCUCAAACUGUACCAAGCCAGAUGUGAUCAAGGAUCUCACAGUAUCUGAAAUCACAACAUCAUCUGUGUUACUGGAAUGGAUUAAACCUUUUGGAUACAGAUCUUUCUUUAAAGUUCAAUGGAUUGGUGAUAAAACAGGGGAAGAUGAAACCAAUAACACAUCCUAUAACGUCAUUGGACUAACUCCUGGAGUCAACUACAAGUUUAUCAUCACAGCUGUUGCAGAAUGUAACCUGACAAAAGGAGAUCCAGUUGUUAUCUCAAACUGUACCAAGCCAGAUGUGAUCAUGGAUCUCACAGUAUCUGAAAUCACAACAUCAUCUGUGUUACUGGAAUGGAUUAAACCUUUUGGAUACAGAUCUUUCUUUAAAGUUCAAUGGAUUGGUGAUAAAACAGGGGAAGAUGAAACCAAUAACACAUCCUAUAACGUCAUUGGACUAACUCCUGGAGUCAACUACAAGUUUAUCAUCACAGCUGUUGCAGAAUGUAACCUGACAAAAGGAGAUCCAGUUGUUAUCUCAAACUGUACCAAGCCAGAUGUGAUCAAGGAUCUCACAGUAUCUGAAAUCACAACAUCAUCUGUGUUACUGGAAUGGAUUAAACCUUUUGGAUACAGAUCUUUCUUUAAAGUUCAAUGGAUUGGUGAUAAAACAGGGGAAGAUGAAACCAAUAACACAUCCUAUAACGUCAUUGGACUAACUCCUGGAGUCAACUACACGUUUAUCAUCACAGCUGUUGCAGAAUGUAACCUGACAAAAGGAGAUCCAGUUGUUAUCUCAAACUGUACCAAGCCAGAUGUGAUCAUGGAUCUCACAGUAUCUGAAAUCACAACAUCAUCUGUGUUUCUGGAAUGGAAUAAACCUUUUGGAUACAGAUCUUUCUUUAAAGUUCAAUGGAUUGGUGAUAAAACAGGGGAAGAUGAAACCAAUAACACAUCCUAUAACGUCAUUGGACUAACUCCUGGUGUCAACUACAUGUUUAUCAUCACAGCUGUUGCAGAAUGUAACCUGACAAAAGGAGAUCCAGUUGUUAUCUCAAACUGUACCAAGCCAGAUGUGAUCAAUUAUCUCACAGUAUCUGAAAUCACAACAUCAUCUGUGUUUCUGGAAUGGAAUAAACCUUUUGGAUACAGAUCUUUCUUUAAAGUUCAAUGGAUUGGUGAUGAAACAGGGGAAGAUGAAACCAAUAACACAUCCUAUAACGUCAUUGGACUAACUCCUGGUGUCAACUACACGUUUAUCAUCACAGCUGUUGCAGAAUGUAACCUGACAAAAGGAGAUCCAGUUGUUAUCUCAAACUGUACCAAGCCAGAUGUGAUCAAGGAUCUCACAGUAUCUGAAAUCACAACAUCAUCUGUGUUUCUGGAAUGGAAUAAACCUUUAGGAUACAGAUCUUUCUUUAAAGUUCAAUGGAUUGGUGAUAAAACUGGGGAAGAUGAAACCAAUAACACAUCCUAUAACGUCAUUGGACUAACUCCUGGAGUCAACUACAUGUUUAUCAUCACAGCUGUUGCAGAAUGUAACCUGACAAAAGGAGAUCCAGUUGUUAUCUCAAACUGUACCAUUUCAUAA